GGGCAGAUUGAAAGAAGUGAGAAAAUCCAGUCAAAGGAAAGCAUGGCAUGAUUAAUAAGUGAAGGCAAUCAGAGUCUGUGGGAAGGAACUACUAUUGCAUAUAGUAAUUCCUGCAGGUAAGAAGAGCCCACCUGCUGAGGACAAAGUUGUGUUAACACACAUGAAGAUAUUGAGUAAUGAAGGAAUUCAAAACCCAGGGUUAAUCCCAGAGGCUCCAGCAGACACAGCCUGCACAGAAGAGCCCCAUCUUCCCGGCGCCAGCCUCCCACCAGACUGCCUGGGAAAUCCAAAUGCAGCAGCCGCACCGGCAGAUCCAGACUGUGCAGAUGGCCUGGCAAGCACCGACUAUGUAGCCACCCUGCCUGACCUCAGCACCUUCGAGUCCAAGUGCCGACUUCAUAGAUUCUCCAAAUUUGAAUCUGAGGACUCGGGGGUUGAAUUGCCGAGUGGGGCUAAUUCUCCAUCAACGCCGACUGGCUCAGAGAAGAGCUUUGUGCUUCACAGCAGAGACUCCUUUUGUGACUCGGGUGUGCUUAGCACCUCUUCUUCUCCAGAAAUUGACCAUCAGCUUAUGAGAACAUGUAAAGAACAUGCCAGAGAAGUCAGCCUCCAAGAUCCAGAGAGCAAAAAGCAAGAUGAUUACUACAGCCAGGAGGCAGAUGCUGCGCAGGGUCCUACAACUUCCCUUGAAGACUUCAGCAUCCCUCAGGAAGAAAGUCCUGAUGAACAUUUUGACCAGAGUGAUAAGCAGUUUCCGGAAAAGGAACCUACCCCAGAGAUGGACCUUUCCAGGGAAAGCACUCUUUCCACCCCAGGUCCCAUAGAAGAGCCAAAGACAAUUGCUGACAAUAUCCCAGAGAAUUUUGGCAGCGUGCAAGACCUUCAGAUCCACGGACAUCCUCUGAAGAAAUACCCCACAAGUGACAGUCUGAAUGAAUACAUGGAUGAAUGCUGUAGACUGAGUGAGGUGAACCAAGGUAACAGCAAAGCCCUGGGAUCUGGUCUGGGAUACCUAGAACACAUUUGCCAACUGAUUGAAAAGAUUGGGCAGCUGCAGGAGCACAACCUGCGUCUCCAAAAACAAGUGUGCAGCUUGCAGAAAGAGCAGAAGAUGUCCCAUUUAAAAGAGGAGUACCUUUUGCAGCAUUGCUCCUGUGGAGCUGCCAGCAUCUUCUUCAGCUCACAUCAAGACAUGAAAACAAUUUUUGCUGGGAGGAGCAGACCUCAUAGCCUCUUGGUUCAGACUGGAAAUGCAUCUGAUCUUUCCAUCAUCCCAGAAAUAGGAGCGAACACUGAAAAGCUGAGCAGCUGCAAUGGAAGCGAGAGAUACCCGGAAUCAGGAAAGAGCCAGCUGAUGGUGGGGCUCAGGAAGUCAUCAAACAAUAGGAACAACAAGGAGAAUGAGUUCAGAGAAGCUAGUAGUAUGGCUGAGGGACAGGCUUCUCCAUCAAAGGACCCUGCAGUAAGAAAGGGUCUGGAUGUCAGCAAGAACAUCUCGGGAGAGAGCCAUGCUUGGGGGAGAAUGAGAGACCUUAUGAGAAAGACACGGUUGAGAAAUCAGAACAAGCUGGGACUGACCUCUGCUGCUUUGAAGAGGUCCUGCCCACAGUUGUACAGGCCAGAUAUUAUGUCUUCGGAGCUGAAGAAAACUGAGAGGAACUCCAUGAUUGUUCUGGGACAAAAUACAAAGAAUGAAAACAUGUGGCCUUUCUGAUAACCCAAGACAAAUGAAACAAGAAAGGCAACGUGAGAACACCAAAGGACACAAACCCAAGAACCCCAGGGUUACUUUGUGCAAUCUGCAUCUUACAGUUGUCAAUAGAGCAACUCUGAUUUGAGCAUGGAAAGGGAAAGAGGGAAGGGGGAGGUUGAAAAAGGUCUGUAAGUAGAUGCAUCCUCAGCUAUUUAUGGCUUCUCUCCUGAACAUGAAGUGUACUUACAAAAGUCAUGGAUGAAAAACUGCUAUUUGCAUCGUGGCAACAUAACCAACAGAGAGUUUUAAGACUCAGAAAUCCUUCCUUCAAUCUGGAACAGAAUUACAUGAAACAUUGAAACUUUUAAACUGACUGUCAUUGCUUUCUGGAGACCUUCUCCAGCCCAAAUAAAUGUAAACUUUAUGGGACACAGCAUCAUCUAAGGAUUGCCAGGGACUCCUUGCCCAGUGCAGAAGUGGCUGUUGAAAGGACAGCCUCCUCCCGGGGGGGGCCUCAGUUGCAGUCUCUGUUCCCAGCACAGCUCCUCCCUUCAGAGCAGCAUAUGUCCAGCUGUGCCAUUUCACUGGAAUUCAACAAGAAAACCAAGUGUGUAAAGCUGAAGUAAUUCCUGAAUUCAUGACUGGCUUCCCAUCCCGUGAGCCUACUCCUUCUGCAGAGGCCCCCAGACUCCAGUACUACCCCACACAGACGUCAGCAUCGUGCAUGCUCACUGUAGAGACCAGUGGGAGAGGUACUGCAGGAAUCAGCCUUUCCAGAGACUGGAGGGUGCACGCAGGGCAAUGUGCCUCUGCUUCACUGGGCAGCCCAGCUCUUGUGCUAUCAGUCCUUUAAUUGUUCUG